CCUACUUAAGCGUAUGUAAGAGGGACAGACACGGAUAUGUUUGAGUCUGUCACUCGUGGAAUGGGCAAAUCCCUCACCGAAAAGAAGAGACGAGGGCUAAGGAUGUAGAGUGUCUUGACGAGGAUCAAAAGUGAAAGGUCGGAAGAGUUGUAAUUUUUUACAGUGACCAUUGAUUUCCACUACAACGUACAGUAAAGAUCUUUAUGUUUCUCACUUCGAUUCAUGGCUCGAAGUCCGCGGAGUGUCCUCUGGAUGAGGAAUAGAACCUUGUCGCCACAAGCCGAUAGUGUCGCGAGGUCUCGAAACGAAUUUCGAAGUGUUGAUGAAGAGUCGGAUUUUCCCACGCACGCACAUGCACAACUUUUUCGGAUUUUGAACGCACUGCCGAGGCGUACCAUCUUACUGGUUGUAACCGAAUAGUACUAACAGUAGAGACACUGACACGCGGCGAUGACGUACUCCCAUGUUUGAAUGCGCUUAUUUUCCGGAGUCACUAAUUUGAGGCUCCUGGCUAGCUGAGAGUGCGACGAUUAUGCUGCCAGCGGAAGGCACUCUCGUCAUGCGUCGAAUUCGGAGACUUGGCGGAGCUGUGGAAGCGUAAUUAUUUUGGAGGCUAGCUAAGUACGACGAGUCAGUGCACAGGGACUUCGCUCAUGUUGAGAGGAGGCUUCAGUAGGUAAUGGCGGAGAGUGUCCUCCAAGUGCGAAUUUUAUCGACAGAGCGCAAGCGUUGGGGCUUCGAGCCACCACCGGAAAGAUGACGAAUUAGUACACUAGCAAGAUCAAUUGAGUAGCAUGCCGAGAACUCCAGAAGAUGCUCCAGGUGAUGAUGAGAUAAAACUGAGUAAAACUUGCAGAUCAAGGUCUUACCGCGUACUUCGGUUUCCACCCCCCGGUACAUCAAGACAAAGCGCUGGUUGAUAGCACCAACCAAUUCGCUAGCAUCGAUCUAGUCUUGGUAGACCGACCCGGCUCUUGUUGUAACAGCUGACGAUUAGGCGAGAAGCGUUCACGUCGCAGUUUUUUUCGAGCACACUCCUUCACGAUGGGCCAGUAGGUUGCACUUUCGUAGUGCGUCUUCGAUAGCAGGUAGUUGUUCGCUCGCGGCUUGCCUGCAAUGGCAGGCCAGCCACGUGCUUCGGAAAAUGGGCUCGCAAGCCAACCUCUCCUUCGCUCGCCUCCUGGCUUCCGGCUAAGUCAUCAAGACCCACACGAGUCGUACUAGCGUCAAGACCAAAUAUCAAACGUACUACCGUCAAAAGAACAACAGUAAGGGCGGCAACGUGAGAAAUCAUAAACUUGCCGUCACGGUUGCUUACGCUGAAACGGUGUUGAUCUCAGGACGAGGUUCUGUGAAAGGCAACCGGGAGGCGAAGGUCGUAUAAUCAGUGCGAUCGCUUGUGCUACGACUGAAUUCGUCAUGGGUGGUUGUGCGUCCCAACAGCGUUCGAACAGGCCAGGGAGGCAACCUGGAAAUCAAAAUAGGCCAGAUGGCGAAACUAGUGCCGCUCCUGCGCCUGGUGGAAAUAGUAGCGGAGCGCCCAGUCCUUCGUCAAAUCGAGGGAGUCAACGUGGGAGAGAUGUACUAUUCUUGGCCUCUAGUUUUUCAGCCACGUCGGGGACUUUCUUAGGAUUAUUGAUGCAGGUGCACAAAGUCAGUUCACGUGCUCAUUGAUUUGACACUGAAUUAAAGCAAAUUCGGCGUGCUCAUUCUUUCAUCAAUUAUGACGAUGAUGGAGUUGGGAAUCACCAAUGACAAAACAGCGUUCGCUGCGGCAGGCACCUGUAGUAAAGAGUUUGGUUGAGGUCGAGAACGAUCAGAUAAAACUCGAAAAGAAAGGCACCGGCACAUACGAACUCAGUAUAGGCAUGACAUGUGCUUCGCAAGGAUUCGAAAUCACGGCAAUGUUCAAUGGUACUUUGAUUUAAUAUCAUCCUGUUGAGGGUAAGCAACAUCGUGCUGAACAUUUAUGACUCUCCUAUGGCAGUCAGUCUUCACUGAAUUUUGUUCGAGAUUUAUUGCAUUGUAUUGAUUUGAGGUAGUCAAGUUGUAUGUUCGCUAGGGAUCGCCGAUGAUGAUGAGUUCUUGUACAGUAGCUCAUAGUCAUACAUUGAUUGUUUACUCCAUUCUUGGUUACCGAAUGCUCUACUACUGAGUUGUUCACAAAGUGGAAUUUUGGACCAAACCGACUUCAACUACAGCUGUCGUGAGUGAUCCGCAGGAGAACAACAUAAUACCUACGAUUACAUGCACGGAUCCCUCCUGUGAGUUCAAGAAAACAGUGUCUGGGGCGAACAAGGUCGUUUUUGCGGGAAUACCGAAUACGAUGUUCUCGAAUAUUUCCUCUCCGAAAGAAUCGGAACUUCCAAGACUAAGGCUCUAAUUUCUUUGUUUUCUAUGGAACCUUCUCAUUCAAAGCAUUAUAUUAAUAUAUAAUCAGACAUAUCUACGUACUUCACUCAGGCUCCAACUCCGAUGAUGCUCUGGCACAACGAAACCUCAAGCCUUCUAAAGCUAAACGUUAGAAAUAACGUUAUCAAUGAGAUGGGUAAUUCGAUCGUAUUAUUUGUUUAGGUUGUCUUAGAGUAGAUCUAUCGUUACUCAAGUUGAGCAUGCGAUUGUUAUACUUGUGGACGAUAGUGUUAGUUCUAACGAUUGAGAUGCCCUUGGUGAUACAUGUGCGUUCACUGAAGGAAAACUACUCGAGCAGCAACGUGAAUGCCCUCUGGUUCUACUGCAAUCUGCGACCAACCGACGGCGAAAAAUACGACGUUUUGGUUCUCAAGAAGCUGGUCGCAUGUACUUAUCUAUGCUUAGAUAUUUGGUCGUUGGCAUACGGUCUUCUACUUAUGCUUCCCGUCAUGUAAUCAUGUCAUCUGACGUCCUAGAAGAUUCAGGACCAUCUAGGUGAUGGAUCUUUUACAGCUUUAUAGAGAUGAUGAACAUGAGGAUGAGCAUUAUAUUCACCAAAAACAAAAAGCUUAUCACACUAGGCUUUGGGCGCAGCUACCUACUACAGAGCUUGUUCGGAGGAACAGUAACAGUCCCUGGUGUCGAGGGAGACGGGCAGGAGUGUGUGGUGUGUUUAUCCGCGCCACGUGAGGUGGUUGUGUUGCAUUGCAAGCAUGUCUGUCUCUGUAAAAGCUGUGCAAGUGUGACCAGUAGCACGUGGAGCUAUCAAUGUCCCAUUUGUAGAGGCCGUGUUGCCGCUUUCGUUGGUGCCCCAGACGACGGGAAUGCAGCGCCUGCCGUAGAGGUUACAUAGCAGAAAGCGGAUGUUGCGUUCGGUCUGUCUUGAUAAGAAGUUGCAGUUUAAGUCAGGAGCUAGAACUACCAAUCUAACAGUUAUUGAUCGCAAAUCAAUGAAUAGAAAUAGUGGUAUCAUAUUCAAGAACAACAGCAAUCUCAACCGCGAAGUUGCCUACGCUUCCAAACGCAAUGUUAGAGUUCCAUCCAAAUUUUUCUACUUUCCUAUACGAAUCGCAUUUCAUUGUGGAAUAAGUUAUCCAAUGCACGACCAUGACCAAACGCCGGAUAAUAAAUUUGCCAUUGAGCGGCAAGUCAAACAAGACUCCCGUCGCAGACGACGCUAGUAUCGACUGACGCAGACUCUGUUGUUUGUUAUCGUCCUGUAGUUAUUCCGAGGAUCUUUCAUAUUGAUUGCUUGUACACGACCUACGAACUCAGUUUUUUCUUAAAAAGAAGUUACUAGAAUCGCAAAAAGUACUAGAAAUGAAGGGAAGUAGUACGUACGUAGAUAAUGUGGCUACAUUUUUAUUUUUCAGUUUGUGGUUUAUUUCUUCGCCAAAGAUACGGUAUCCAUCGAUUCCGUGCCCUGUUUUCUUUGCCUAUAGCAGGCUGAAAUUAAUCUUGAUGUAGAUACAAGACGAAAUAGAUGUUGAUAAUUAGUGAUUCAUUGAAUACGACGAAUUAAACCAGUGACCUAUUGAUUUGAUGCACGCCCUUUCACAAAGACAAACAACUUUCAGAGACAGUAGAACUCACACACCUGCUCUCUGCAGUCGUCAUUGAGGCUCGAACUCGAUGUAUUUGGAAGAACAUCGACAAGGUAGGAUUUUUUUGAAGAUUGUGGCACUCAUGCAUGGAUUUACUGGUUUUCGUCUUUCGCUCUCAGCCAGACUCAUCUUUUUGUUUUCUAGUCGGACCUUUCCAAGCACUGACUUUCCCUCGUCCCGCCCUUCUUUUUUUCGGAUACACACGUUUC